AAUGGUCAUGUUUUCAGCGGUGCCAAGCACAUGCAGAUCCUCCUGAAGCCAAUAGGAAUUGGCCAGUCUCCAUCCCAGCACCUGCUAAGUUAUUUCAGAAAUCUAGUGUGAGGAUUUUUUUGCCUCAUCCUUUGACAGAAGUGUUCAUGUUCUGCACCAAUACUGGUACUCUUUAUUUCCACCCCAAGAGGAAGCUCAUACAUAUUACUUGAAGUGCUCCUGUGGCUUUGUCCUAAGCUAAUUAUUUAUGUAGUGCUAUGUAUGUAUCAUGCUUGAAGAUGCCAGCUGAGAAGCAGCACAGGACAGCAAAAAGAAAGGUGAAUGAAUCGGGAUUAUCAGUCCUGCGAAAAACUCCAGAUCUGCCUUCUGUGUGCUUUACCUAAGUAGCAGUUGGUUUUGUACGCCAUCUAAAACAACCAGGCUGUGACCACAUAUAAAAUUAACCAGUCUUCUUGAGAGCGUUAGAGAAGAAGGGUGUGCUCACGAUGGCUGCUGAGCUGGAUUUCUCCCCACCUGAAAUCCCUGAGCCUACAUUCAUGGAGAAUGUUCUACGCUACGGACUCUUCUUUGGAGCCAUUUUCCAGCUUGUCUGUGUGCUAGCCAUAAUCCUGCCAGUUUCAAAGUCCCAUAAAACAGACUCGGACAGUUUUGAGCCUAAGAAUUCAGAGACAGUGAAGAAGCCAAAGGCAACUGCUCCACAGAUAAGCAAGAAACCCAAGAAGGAAACCAAAAAGAAACGAUAAAGGCAUGAGUGAUGAGCCUCAAAAGACAGAAUAGUCAUCUGUAAUCAUGCUUCCUCAGAGGUGACAUCAAAGGCAACUAUCUAUAUUAAAUGGUUUUCUGGCA